CGGAGCACUGGUUAGUAGUCACUUGACACUUGACGUUUGUCGGGUGGAAGUCUGUCUGGGGAAUUGUCAUGUAAGUGAGAUCUUGUGUUCGUUAUCAACUCUUCUGUUGGCAUGCAGUGCUGGAUCAAGUGGUGACCUUUUAAAGAUAAAACUCGCUGCGGGUUAUGUUUAGUCUGUUUAUUUGCCUUCGACUCCGGAAACUUUUGGAACGAACACUCCCACGGACGUUCCCUUGACUGCUAGCAAUCAUGUUAGGUGCAUUUUACCGUGUAGUAUGGAUUCUCCUUCACACAUUUGCCAGCAUUUAUAACACAAUCUACCUGUUCAUCUCGUAUGCGAAAUUUCGCGCGGGAAGCAUUCUCGCUUCCUUAGUGAAAGCCGGUGCUUAUGACGAUCUGCAAUAUCUGGAGCAGUGCAAGAAGGACCUUACAAAAACGCCUAAACACCUCAGUAUUAUCGUGGGCACGAACUCAGUGAGUGGCGAGGUCUUAUCAAAGGUUGCAGUGUACGCGCUGAUUAGUGAUAUAGAUUACAUCAGCUACUACGAUGUCAAGGGCGAGUUCACUCUCGACCGGGUCGAGAUUCCCAAGUACAUAGAAACACGCGAAAUGCCAAAUGGACGAUUUCUUUGGUCGAUGACGAGUAGUAGACGAAAAUCCACCGGUCAAUUGCGUUACAAAAACGGCCUCGACAAGUCCAUAGAGGUGGUUGUUCUCUCCACGGCAGACGGCAAACCGCUCUUAGCUGAUGCGAGCCGUGAACUUUGGUCCAAAAGAAGUGACGCAACCAUCAAGGAAGCAGUUUCGAGCAAAGAUGCCUUGGCGACUUGCAUUACAACUGCCCUGGGUAGACGGUUGGGGAACCUCCCCGAGACAGACUUAGCGAUAAUUUUCGAUGAAACCAUGUGCACGUACGGACUAUUGCCGUGGCAUACGCGUUUUGCAGAAUUCCAUUGUAUUAAGAAUGUGAAGUGUUUCGAUGUAGCGUCUUUUGCAAAUGUUUUGUAUAAAUUUUCAAAAUGUGAGCAAAGGUUUGGGAAGUGAUUCGCAUUAAGUUUAAUUGUAAAUAAAUUAAUUAGUGAAGGAAAAGAAAUACCCGAGAAUAUGAAAACAUUCAUUGAAA